AUGGUCUACUACACUACUACUAUCUUGCAUAAAUCACAAAGAUUAUCAAAAUUACCAGUUCCAGUAUCCACCUACUGUCUAAAAAAUGAUGCUGACAUUGUUCGAGCAGUAGCCGGCACUGAUAGAAAUGAAGCAGAAGGGCCCGCACCUGAUAGAAAAGUGACUGAGGGAAGCAGAAGCAUCAGUGGUGGUGCGGGAGGUAAAAGAGGGGGAGAGUGCAAAGCAGAUGGAGUUAUUAGACCGUUUGGCAAGAGGGUGGGAGGAGGACAGAAAGUUGUUGAGAGAACAGUUGGAGAAGGAGGAGAAGAGAGAGAGGCGGGAAAGAAGAUAAAGAGGUUAGAGAGACAGAUACAGGAGGAGAGAGUAGUAAUAGAUAUUUUACAGAG